AUGGUACAAUUGACUUCGAGCUGCCCAAACCUGAGCACAGGACCUGCGAAUCAAUACAUCUCUCUCCUCAUGAAAUAUCUCGCAUUAUCACAAUGUUCACUCUCGGCGCCAGAAUCUUGGCCACGCGAUUACGGAAAUAUUGCUAUGCGUUUCGAGGAGUACGACUUUAUCAUUGUUGGUGCAGGAUCUGCAGGAUCAGUUGUUGCGAAUCGCUUAAGCGAGAACCCAAAUUGGAAAAUACUUCUCCUCGAAGCAGGAGGAGAUCCGCCAAUAGAGUCAAUGGUACCUGGAUUUCAACCAGUACUCGUGAAAACGAAAUACGAUUGGGAAUACUAUAUAGAUCAAUCACGAAAUUAUAGCAUUCUCACAGGUUAUUGGCCCAGAGGAAAGAUGUUGGGAGGAUCGAGUUCGAUGAACGGAAUGCUUUAUGUGAGAGGAAACGAAGACGAUUACGAUAAUUGGGAAGCGCUCGGAAAUCCAACUUGGGGAUUCGCAAACGUCUUGGAAUAUUUCAAGAAAUCAGCGGCAAAUCACGAUCCGGAAAUCGCUGACGCUUUCGGAGGAUAUUAUCACUCAAAGGACGGUUUAUUAUCCGUCGAGCUAUUCAAGAAUAACGACACAUUUAAUCAAGACGUCAUACAAUCUGCACAAGAAAUGGGAUUCAAAUUCAUCUUAGAUCCUAACGCAAAUGAGCACAUUGGAUUCACAUUCUCGCAAGGAACCCUCAGAUCGGGAGUCAGAGACAGCACGGCGAAGGCUUUCUUGGUUCCUGCCAUGAAUCGUCCCAAUUUGCACAUCGUCAAGCACGCGCACGUCACGAAACUAGAGAUUGAUAAUAGAGGAGUCGUUUUAGGAGUGUCAAUGAAACUUCGAGGUCAAACUGAAUUGAAGGCUUCUGCGAAGAAGGAAGUGAUCUUAAGUGCCGGAGCAAUAAAUUCCCCGCAAAUUCUCAUGUUAUCCGGAAUCGGACCUGCCGCUCAUCUCCAAGAAAUGGGAAUACCAGUCAUUCAAAAUCUUCAGGUCGGGAAGAACUUGCAGGAUCAUCCGUUAAAAAUGGGUCCUGACUCUGAUCCUGACGCCGUUGUUGAUUACAGACUUAGAGUCAAAGGCGUUAAAGGUUUGAGAGUUAUUGAUGCCAGCAUAAUGCCAAGAAUUCCGAGAGGAAAUACAAAUGUGCCAACAAUCAUGAUCGGAGAAAAAGCAGCUGAUUUUAUCAAGCAAGACUGGAAAUUCACAUAA